AUUCAAAACUGCAAUGAAAUAUGUAUACCGCACGUCAAUAGAAUAUUGACCCCGACAAUCUGUAACAAAAGGAAUUAGUUCUCACGAAUUCACUUUCUUUAAACUCCCACAAAUCGAUAAAUUUCUCUUCCAAAUUUCGAGCUUUUUUUUCUCGUCAAUUUCUGACUAGUCGAUUUGAGCGCGAAGCUUAACGCUCUCAUCAAGAGUGCGCGUAAAACGUGAACCCAUUCAGCUGUUUCAGUUUGGACGCGCUAUCGAGUAAGGUGAGACGCUGUGGGCUCCCGGAAAAACGCGCUACUUUUCCGACAAUUUCCCACGUACGUCGAUUCAACUGAAGCGAAAAAUUUCGAGUGAUGAUUUGCAUUGUCAAAAAGUUUGACUCUGACGUUCCGCCGAUGAAAAUCCUAAUCGGAAAAUCCACCAGGUGAUACCUACCGUGCAUCAGAAACACCUACGUACCAAAAACGGAAGUUCAUCAGACCUACACCUCGAUGUCAGUCAAAAAUUGUUCAAAACUUGUCAACCAGUUUUAACCAAUUCAAUUUAAAUCUACUGAUGCGCUUAUCUUGAGCAGUUAUGGCUUUGCCCCUUACUUUGACCUGUUCCCAAAGUGUGAAGGAUGUACUUGUGAACACUGAACAACAAUUGGAGAUAGGGACUAGUAUGGCCAACAAGAUCCUGGCUCCUGUUAAGACCGACAAACAAAUCUACGAAAACUCGAUGCUGGAAGACGACCCUAAUGCCAACUGUGCCAUAAGGCAGGAGGAGAAGAUUUUUCCAAGAUGGGGGCCCCAACACAAAGGGGCGCAAGAAUUGGCUAAUUUGUACAGUAACGGAAAGAGAACACAAGAAUGCAUAUGUGUAGGAAUAUGCAUAGCCUUGAUAGUAGUCAAUUUAUUCCUUAUAAUUAAGAAUUUGAAAAUAGAGAAUAUGAACGCCAUUGUGGCAGCUGCUUUUGGAGGGAUCGUCACUGCAGAUUUUUGUUCUGGAUUCUUCCACUGGGCAGCAGACACCUGGGGUUCCGUAGACUUUCCCAUAUUGGGAAAAAAUUUCUUACGUCCAUUCCGUGAACACCAUAUAGAUCCAACGUCUAUAACAAGACACGAUUUCAUCGAAACCAACGGUGAUAACUUUAUGGUUACGAUACCGUUUCUAGGACGCAUGUUCUGGGAUUUUGUUACUCUGCCAGAGGAUGAGGUGCAGAAGAAGUUCACUUGGAACUGUUACGUGUUUCUUCUAGCCAUCUUCAUCGCCCUCACUAACCAGAUCCACAAGUGGUCCCACACCUACUUCGGCCUGCCUGGCUGGGUGGUUUUCCUGCAGGACUGUCACAUAGUACUGCCCCGCAAGCAUCACAGGAUACACCACGUGGCGCCCCACGAGACCUACUUCUGCAUAACGACGGGGUGGCUGAACUGGCCUCUGGAAAAGAUCCACUUCUGGACGGGACUCGAGCUUCUAGUGCAGGCCACCACCGGUUGUAGACCGAGAGCCGACGACAUGAAAUGGGCGCAGAAAGGCUCGAUAUCGUGAUAUUAAUUAGGGUGUUUGUCUGGAGUUAAUGAGACUUUCCACCCACCCUGUGGAGAAUUGAUUAAUAAAAUGUUUGCACGGAUCA